AUGCAGCCCAAUCAGCCGACGGGCGCACCUCCCCAAUGGGCCCAGAUCAGCUUCGACGACGGCUUCGACCUCAACCUCGACGCAACUUCCUCCUUGGCCGGUCCCGCUUCCACUGCACCAUCAACCCAAUCCCCGGUCAUCACAGAUGCAGCACCAAAGCGCUUCUCCGCAAGUCCGGCCUCGUCCAACAAGGCGCUCCCUCAACUGCCGCCCUUGGCCACAGCCACCGCCAUGCCCGCUUCGGAUAGCGUGGCAAGCACGGUACAUGCGCGUUUGCCCUCGGCACAGUCCCAGGAUGCAGCUACAACGCCAAAGCCUCCAGGCACCCCGCAGGCGCUCGUCCAUCCUUCCCCCAUCGUCACCGCUGCCACACCCGAGCAGCCCAACAAUCGCAACUUUGACGCCAUUCAACCCCCACCGCGUCCCGUCUCUUCCGCCGACGCCUACAUGCAUCCCAUCGAGACGCUCCAGUCCGACACAAACAGCCGCCCCGGCACCGCAAUGAGCAACCUCAGCUCCGCCAACGGCAUCAACCAACCCCCCAACAACCGCAGCAGCUUCGGCACAACCACCUCCACCAACGGCCCCUUCAACCAGGCAAAACGCGCCUCCGUCCUCUCCUUCCAGACCGCAAACAGCGCAGGUUUCACAAGUGCGGACGAAGCAAAGAGCUCCGACCGCGAACACCUCGCAGACGAAACCUUGGUCGCGCCAGCCGCCACUGCAGCCUUGCCCAUCGACGCCGCCCAACCCAUCCGUCCAUGGCUCGACCGCAACACCUCCGGCUACGGAUCAUCGCCAGACGAGCGCUCCUUCCCAGGCGGCCUCCCCGGAUCCUUUUGGGACGAGCCAGUCCAAAAGCCCUUUCUCGCCGUCUGUCCCCCAGCGCCACCUAAUCAUAAGCCAGCCGGAGCUGUACUUGCCAACACCGACGAUGCAUCGAGUAUACAAACAGGCCCAGCCGAAGCGACCCUCGCACCCAUCAAGACGCACGGUCUGGCUCCAUCCUCACCCAAUGCUCCUCUGUCGUCGACCACCAUCGCCGCACCAUCCGACGAAACCACCCAGGCCGCACGCCAGUCUCCCGACGUCGUCAAGUCGUCCGUCAGAGAACUCGAGCCCAUCUCCGAUCUCGACGCGCCACCGCCGCCUGCCAAGGACGUCCGGGUCGACGACAACGCAAGCCCGGCGGUCCCUGCCGACAACGUCAUCCCACCGCCCUUGCCUACCGACGCAGCAGCCAACGCUCAACCCGCCAUCAACCCGCCCGCCCUCCAGCGACCCGUGUCCGACUAUCGCAAAAAGCCUCUCGCACACAUCUCGCCCGCCCAGAAAGCUGCCGGUCUCGCACACCUUCAGUCGCAGGCAAAGGCGCCCACCAAGCAGCCAAUUCAAAACGUGCCCUUCAACGCACCACCCACCGCACCGCCUGCGGAAGCACCCCCCAUCGUCAUGAUGGAGCGCGCACGUCGCAAGUCAACCGCCAGCCUCACCGCCAACGUCGCGCUCGCACAAGCCGCGGCCGGCGCGCCCAACCUCGCCCAGGAUGGCCUGGCAGACACGCCCGACACGCCGAGUGCAGAGAGCGCGUCUGCAGAGUCCAGCGCGCCUCCCGACGGCGAGGUCGAGGCACGCGCAGAGUGGGAGCGGCGCAGGAUCAAGCGCAAAAACGGCAACAAGAACAAAGACUCGCAGCCCCAAAACAAGGGCCGAUCAGAUACCUUCAAGAGCCAGCUGAGGCCGCUCCAGCUCGUGCCCGCCGACAACAUGACCGCCUUCUCCGACCGCAACACCGCCACCGCCGAUCGUCACAGCAUCGCAGUCGCCAAUCGCACCGUCAACGCCAACGCCAUCGCUUCAGCCACAUCCGAUGCGUCCGCACCAGCUGCGGCGGCGGCGGCUCAGACCACCUACAGCACCCAGCAGCUCCAGAGGCUCCAGGCACGCGAACAGAGGAGGAGCGUCGGUGCCUUUAGCGCCGCCAUGGCCGCUGCCAACGUCGUAUCCAGCGGAAGCAAUGGCCCUUACCCCGUCUUUGCAUCGCCCAACUCGGGCCCACAGAAGGUCGGCGCGCGACAGUAUCCCGGACUCAUGGCACAGCGCAGCCUCGUGCCGCCGUUUGAACUGCAGCAUCGUCCGGACGGCCUGCCCUCGGGCAUGAUCGGCCCGGACGGCGUGCGUAGGAGCAUCAACGACCCCGAGGUGUGUCUCGAGUGCAUGAUGCGCGACGAAGACAUGAUUGACAUUCGCGUCGUCGGCGACGGCGUGUGGGAACGCGAGAGCGACAAGGAGUUUCAGGAUGCGCUCAGGCAGGAGGCCGAAGAUGCUGCCAGCGGACAAACCUCGCACGGCAUGAGUGGAAGCAGCGGACACGCAGACAGCCUCACCAGCCACCGCGACUCGCGCCAGUCGCGCAAGGCGCGCAAGAGGAUCGGCAAGGGCGAGCCGCUCACCGUGGAGCGCCUCAAGCUUCACACCCAGAUGAACCCGCCCGCGUCGUCGUUCCGCUGGCGUACGCUGCAGACCUUCCUGGCGGUGCAGGCAAAGUACAUUGCCAUGGAGCAGCAGAGGAUGCGGCUCGAGGCGGAUACAAAGGCGCGCUACAACAAUGACAGCGUCAGCAGCCGCGGUAGCUUUGUCGCCGACUCGCCCGUGGCGGCGAACAUGCUCUCUUCGCCGUUUGCGCCUGCGCGCGAGGCUUCGUCGUCUCAACGCCAGUCCAUCCUCUCGACUUCGGUCGACGACAGCACGCUUACGCCGCUGCAGAAGCAGGAGAAGGAGCGCGACGUGGCGGCGGCGCAGGCGGCGCGCAAGAAGAUGACCGUCGGCACCACGCCGCCUAUGGCCUCGACGCCGCCGCUUGGCAUGCCUGCGUACCCCGUGACGCCUCUGCAGACGCGCGCCGCUGCUCAGUCCAUCCCUGCUCGUGUCGGCUCGGAUCCGGACGGGCUGCUGGGCGGCGCUUCGCCGGUGGGCGGUGCGAGCAUGACGCCCAGUAGCAGUCGUCGUGUGCCGUUUGGCUCGGCACCGACUGCGCGUGCCGCCAGCGCACAGGAUCUUCGGUCCAUGGCGGACGGGCAGCGAUCGGCAGCGUAUCCGGCGAGUCCGGACAGCUUGAUGCCUCCGUCGAGGUCGGUCAUGGGCACGUCGCCCACGGGCACGCCGUCGCGGCUGGCGGCGCGCUCGGGGGCGUCGCAGCUGUCGCUCAUGCACAGCGGAUCGAUGAUCGACAUGCAUGUGGCGCAGGAAGACCGGGCGGAGCAUCGGAUCAAGCAAAACGGGUUUUUGCCAGGUACACCGCUGGCGGUGGAAUCGCCGGCGGCGAUGAACCGCUCGUACUAUGGCUUUCCCGGCGAUGGCGAUUCGUCGGUGCCGGAUGCGGCGGCGUUUGAGCGGUCGCGCAUGGUGUCGGGCGACGGAUACGUCAAUCCCAUGGAGGCUGGACCGCGCGGAUUGGAUGCGGACGACGAGACGAGGCGCAAGAAGAAGGGGCUGCGGGGAUUGUUCUCCAAGCUGACGGGUAGUGGUGCGGGGAGGGAGAAUUCGGCGGGUACGGGCGAUGGGAGUGUGAACGGUAGUAUUGCGAGUCGCAAUGCGAGUCGACGCUCGCAGGCGUCGGACAGCUCCAAGCCGCGCAAGUUUUCGUUUAGCGCCGAGCGGUCGCUCGAUGCAUCGGGCGGCAUGGCUGCGGCUCCAAACGGUAUGCUCAGCCGAGCACGGAGGUCCACCUCGACUUUCUUCCGCAACGGCGCCGAGGCGGAUAUGGAGCCGAGCAAGGCGCGGCAGCCGAGCGCGGGGAAUGCGAAUACGCCCUUCCAGAAUCCACCGGGCAUGACGAGCCAGGGCAGUCUGGACCUUGGACCGUUCCAGCCGGCUUCGCCGCAGGCGAAUGCGUUUGGUGCGGCCAAUGGCAGUGCGGGCAGGAUGCGCAAGGCGUCGAACCCGCUCAUGCAAAAGUACCUCAGCUCGCCCUCGCCCCAGACGCAGGCGCCGUCGAUGCAGAGCUCGGUGCCGACGUCGCCCGUGGAGAGGGUUCCGGUGCAUCCAAGCCAACGCGAUGCGAGGGUGUCGGGUCUGCAGCCCAUUCUGGACGGCGAGCAGGAUGAGUCCGAUGCGCGACAGUCGAUGCGCGAGAGUGGCAGCGCGGGUGGACGCAUGCUGCCUGCCACGCCGACGGGCCGACCGAGCAUGGACAGUGCUGGGCCGCAGAGGCCCCCACGCAAUCCGCGCCGGCCCGAAGGUGCGCUCAACUCGCCGAGCAUCGUGGAUCUCACUGCCAACAAUGUAGGAAAGGGUGGGCGCGAGUUUCCGCCGGCGGGGCGGUACGAGUCUGGGUCGUAUGCGAGCGUUGCAUCGCGCGAGAGCGAGAAACGAUCGCGCUUCCGACUGCCGUUUAUCCGCAAGAAGCGCGAGUCCACACUGGACGCCAACCCGUCCAUCGUGAUUGGCGGCGAGGAUGCAGUGGGACGGCCAAGUGGGUUGUUCCCCGCGCUGCGCACACGCAAGAGCUACGGCGGCCUGGGCGUUCCCAAAGCGAGCUUUUCGGCAGAGCGACAACGGGUCCUGUCCUCGCCCUCGCACGAUGUGGGUGGCUUGCCACCGCGAAGUCAGAGUGCAUUUGGAAUGGCGCCGACACAGCGGUUCAUGUCGAUGGACAUUCCGCGACGCUCGAUGAACGUCGCGCGCGACCAUCGACUCAGCACCGUCGGGUAUGGGGACGAGGAGGAGGAGGAUGACGAGAUGGAGCGCGAGCCGGGGUACGAGGCCGAAUUCAACCGGUAUGCGCAGGAGGCGGCCGAGGAGAGGUAUGCCAAGCCGAGGGAGGCUAGUGCGGGCGCGCAGAGCUUUGGCCGCAAGAGCCUGAAUCUGCUGCGUGACUUGCGUAUGCCGCUCGGCAAGACUAGGUAA